AUGGGUCAAGACGGAUCAAGCCCGGUAGACGAGGGUGCUCCUUCCAAAACGCUGGUGUCGCGCACGCUCGAUGGUCUGGCCAAGUACAUACGCGAUGGACACGCAAAGCGCAUCGUCGUCAUGACGGGCGCAGGAAUCUCGACAAGUGCAGGCAUUCCCGACUUCCGCUCUCCCAAUACUGGUCUCUACGCCAACCUUGCUAGACUCAAGCUCCCAUAUGCUGAAGCCGUCUUCGACAUCUCCUACUUCCGCGAAAACCCUACGCCCUUCUACACACUUGCUCACGAGCUCUACCCCGGGAAAUAUCGUCCAACUGUAACUCAUUCGUUCAUCCGCCUACUACACGAGAAGGGGUUGCUACUCAAGCUCUUCACCCAGAAUAUCGACUGUCUGGAGCGCGAAGCCGGUGUGCCUGACGAGUCCAUCAUCGAAGCCCAUGGCAGUUUCGCUCGCCAGAGCUGUAUUGACUGCAAAACCCCAUAUCCACAAGACGAGUUGAAAAAGCACAUCGAAGCCAAGACGAUUCCACACUGUCACAAAUCCAGCUGCAAUGGACUGGUCAAGCCCGAGAUUGUCUUCUUCGGUGAACAGCUGCCCAGUGCAUUCUUUGACAAUAUCGAUGUGCCUACCGAAGCCGACCUCUGCAUCGUUCUGGGCACUUCAUUACAAGUACAACCAUUCGCCAGUCUGCCCGGUGCUUGCAAGUCGGGCGUGCCUCGCGUCUUGAUUAAUAUGGAAAGAGUUGGUGGUCUUGGCUCUCGCUCUGAUGAUGUUCUGCUACUUGGCGACUGCGAUGCUGGUGUGCGCAAGCUCGCAAAAGCCGUCGGCUGGGAAGACGAUCUUGAAGACCUCUGGGCAAAGACAGAUCCCGAAUACAUACCUGGUAAACCACGCAAGACCAAGGACGACAUUUCCAAAGAGGAAGCCAAGAAGACUAGAGACGAGAAGUUCCAAGAUGAAAUCGACAAGCUCACGAAAGAAGUCGACAAGACCUUGGAUAUGUCCAAGUGGCAUCAAGACCAAAUCCGCAAGGACCAUCUGGAUGGUCAGCCCGAUAUCGCCAGCCAAAAUCCGGCAAGUGGCGAGAAGACCAUGCGAUAUGAUGAGAAUGCCGACGACAAGACCAAGGCACCUGCUGAUGGCCUCAGUCAUGUCUUUCCGCACAUGAUCGAAAAGUCUUCUCUAUGA